AUGUACAAUCUGAAAUUGGAUAAGUUCCACGGUCAUGAAGGACCCGAGGGAGCCGAACGUUGGUUGGAACAUAUUGAGAAGACUUUCCGAGUAUUGCACAAUCAGGGGAACCUUCCUGUUGAGAGAUGGGUUGAGACGACCUCAUGGUUUCUGGGUACGGAAUCUGCAUCUUGGUGGGAGCAUGAGCUUCGUAGUUUAACCCCAGCCGAGAGGAUCGACUGGAAUGUUUUCACUAGGUUAUUCAAGAGGAGGUUUGUACCUCCAGAGUACAUUGAUCGCAAGAAGCAGGAGUUCACUGAUCUGAAACAACGGAAGAUGACGGCUAAUGAAUACUAUCGCAAGUUCACUGAUCUGUCCCGUUAUCAUCCUGAUAUUAAUAGUAAUCCAGCCGAAAUGCUUCGUCUUUUCCGUGGGGGUACUAAGAAGAGGUGGCAUUCGAUGGCGACCACUACACCCUGUGAGUCCUACCAGGAAUUCUAUGAGAUACUGUUGAGGAUUGAGGACUCUGAGAAUAUGUCGAGCGAUAGUGAUGAAGAAAGAAAUGAUGGUAAACAGAAGAUAGAAGACAAGGGAAAAGGUCAAACAUCGCUUGGGCCUCGUCAGACUCAGAACUUUAAGAAGGGUGGUGCUAGUUCGAGUUCGUCUAGUGGUAGUUUCAGUGCCUCUGGACAAGGACGAGGAAAUAGGUUUGCUGGAAGAGCUCGAGGCCAGAGACAAGGUAAUGGUGGCCGAGGUUAA